AUUAGUAUAAUAAUGUAUUCAGGAACAAUAUAUUAUUUUCUAACAAUGUGUCUUGUGUCUCUAAUUGGGAUACAAGAAACGUGCGGUGGUAUGAUGCAAAAUGUACGACAACAUAAAGAAAAAUGGGCAACGGCACGCGCUAAUUGUCAAAAUUCGACACAAGACAAUUCGCUUAAAAGUCGAAACUUACAAGGCAUUAUACAAUUAGCUCAAACUGGUGGUGAAAAUGCUUUAUGUUAUUUUUACUGUCUUUUAACUGAAUUAAAUGUUAUAACAAAUGAUAAUAAAUUGAAUACCGAAAAUGCCGAAACUGUGAUGGAAGGUAUAAAUGACAAUAAUGUGAAAUCCCGAAUAAGUAGUCUAGUUCAAAGUUGUAGCAGUGCUGUAAACGAAAAUACAUCAACCGAAAGAUGUGCUAUAGCGCAGAUAAUAAUUGAUUGUACGUCAAAUGCAGUUAAACAGAUUCCAGGAUCAAUGCUCUUAUUUCUAAGUAAUAUUUUUAAUUAG